AAAAACUUCUUCCUCUAUUAGUCUCUGGUUCUAACUACUCAGACUGAAAUAUCUUACACUAGUUGGUUUGGGCUGUCUUCUAUCUAAAAUUAAUUUCCCUUGCUUCCUCUUCUACUGUUCAAGCUGUAAAGUUAAUUUAUGGACUUGAAGAUGAACUUCAUUGCUUGUAACAUUUCCGAAAAUCACACAUUGCGUUCUGGUCCUUCCAAUGAAAUAAACUCUCUGGUUGGCUGCAUUGGGGAUGAUAUUCGCAUUGAGUACGAGAAAAAAAUCAAGGCAUUCAAGAAUAUGCUGAAAAAACAAGGAAAAGAUGCUGAAUUUCAAAGUCUGGCUAUGGUUGAUGCUAUCCAACGUCUUGGGGUUGAGCAUCUUUUCCAGGAAGAAAUUGACGCAACUUUACAAGGGCACCAUAUGAUGAUGCCUAAGACUCAUAAUGACACUGAUCUCCAUGAGGUUGCCCUUCGCUUUCGACUCUUGAGACAAGAGGGUUACUAUGUUCCUGCAGGAGUGUUCGACAGGUUUAAGGGCGAGGAUGGGAAAUUUAAGAAAGAACUAACUCAUGAAAUCAAGGGAUUAAUGGCUUUAUACGAAGCUUCACAGCUUCGUAUAGAAGGAGAAGAUAUACUUGAUGAAGCUGGAGACUAUAGUUACCAGCUUUUGCAUUCAUACAUGACAAGUCUUGACUAUCCUGAAGCCAGUGCAAUAGAGCAUACGUUGAAGCAUCCCCACUAUAAAAGUCACCCAAUGUUCUUCGCCAAACACUUCAUUACAAAUUUGCAAGGGGCUAAUGGGUGGAUGAAUGAAUUACAAGAACUUGCAAAAUUCGAUUUUACGAUGGUCCAAUCUCAACACCAACAAGAAAUUCUUCGAAUUUCAGAGUGGUGGAAAGAGUUGGGCCUGAACAAGGAGUUGAAGUUUGCAAGAGACCAACCACUUAAAUGGUGGACAUGGUCGAUGACAGCCCUCACAGAUCCAAGCUUGUCAGAGCAAAGGAUAGAUCUCGUAAAACCCAUAUCUUUUGUUUACAUGAUAGAUGAUAUUUUUGAUGUUUAUGGGACGCUGGAUGACCUCACUCUCUUCACCCAAGUUGUCGAUAGAUGGGACAUUGCUGCCACUGAACAGCUACCAGACUACAUGAGGAUAUGUUUCAAUGCUCUUGACAACGUCACCAAUGAAAUUAGCUUCAAGGUCUAUAAACGGCAUGGCUGGAAUCCUCUACUUUCUCUACGAAAAACGUGGGCAAGUUUGUGCAAUGCAUUUCUAGAAGAAGCAAAAUGGUUUGCUUCAGGUGAUUUGCCAAAUUCAGAAGAGUACUUGAAGAAUGGGAAUUUGAGUUCAGGUGUACAUGCUGUUCUUGUUCACCUUUUCUUUCUGUUGGGUGAAGGUAUAACCAAGGAAAAUGUGGAAUUGAUCGAUGCCAAUCCAGGCAUAAUAAAUUCUACUGCCAGAAUUCUUCGGCUCUGGGAUGACUUGGGAAGUGCCAAGGAUGAGAAUCAGGAUGGCUAUGAUGGAUCAUACGUGGAAUGUUACUUGAAGGAACACCAAGGAUGUUCAGUGGAAAGUGCGAGAAAACAUGUCCACCAGAUGAUUUCAGAGACCUGGAAACAACUCAACAAGGAAUGCCUUUUUCAAAAUCCAUUUUCACUCACUUUCACCAAGGCCUGUCUUAAUGUUGCAAGGAUGGUUCCUUUGAUGUACAGUUACGAUGAAAACCAUCGCCUUCUGAUUCUCGAGGAGCAUAUCAGUUCCCUCCUCCAUGAAAGUGUCUCCAUGUGAAGGAGCAUACAAUUGGAUACCAGUAACUCUUCCCCCCUAGCAGCCUCUAGACAAGAGGCCAUUAUAUUUUGCUAUCUACAACUUAAUUUGAGUGAUGCUUUCAAAUAUCAAAUGUCACAUUAAAGAUGUAAUGAGUUUUCCCUUUCAAAAAGACAAACGCCUUAUUUGGUUCAAACUCUCUCAGAAGUGAACAUCUCAGCAAUGAAGGGCUUCUAAUUAUGUAUCUUUAAGAGAUUUUAACAUUCAAAACGAGACAAGAAGCAGAAGAUUGAACACUUA